CGCCAGCGCAUGCGCCCGCCUGUGGGCGCUGUCCCAGCUGCGAGGGCGGCGCGCAUCGACAGCCGGACGGACAGACGGACUGGCGGCCGGUCGGACAGACGGGCAGCGCAGGGAGCCGGGACGCGGUGGGACAGCGACAUGACCGGCCACAUGCAGCAGCCGAGCGGGCGCGGGAACCCCGGCCCUGCGCCCUUGUCUUCCCCUGGCCCGGGCCCCGGCCCCGGCGCCGGCGCCUCGGAGCGGGUGGCGCUCAAGAAGGAGAUCGGGCUGGUGAGCGCCUGCACGAUCAUCAUCGGGAACAUCAUCGGCUCGGGCAUCUUCAUCUCCCCCAAGGGGGUCCUGGAGCACUCGGGCUCCGUGGGUCUGGCCCUCUUCGUCUGGGUCCUGGGUGGGGGCGUCACUGCCCUGGGCUCCCUCUGCUAUGCGGAGCUGGGAGUUGCCAUCCCCAAGUCUGGCGGGGACUACGCCUAUGUGACCGAGAUCUUCGGGGGCCUGGCUGGCUUCCUGCUGCUCUGGAGCGCCGUCCUCAUCAUGUACCCCACCAGCCUGGCCGUCAUCUCCAUGACCUUCUCCAACUACGUGCUGCAGCCCGUGUUCCCCAACUGCAUCCCCCCUGCCGCUGCCUCCCGUGCACUCUCCAUGGCCUGCCUGAUGCUGCUGACGUGGGUGAACAGCUCAAGUGUGCGCUGGGCCACGCACAUCCAGGACGUGUUCACCGGCGGGAAGCUGCUGGCCCUGUCGCUCAUCAUUGGCGUGGGCUUUGUCCAGAUCUUCCAAGGACACUUCGAGGAGCUGAGGCCCAGCAAUGCUUUCGACUUCUGGAUGACGCCGUCCGUGGGUCACCUGGCCCUAGCCUUCCUCCAGGGCUCCUUUGCCUUCAGCGGCUGGAACUUCCUUAACUACGUCACAGAGGAGCUAGUGGAUCCUCGAAAGAACCUACCUCGUGCUAUCUUCAUCUCCAUCCCGCUGGUGACCUUCGUGUACGCCUUCACCAACAUCGCCUACUUCACUGCCAUGUCCCCCCAGGAGCUGCUGGCCUCGAACGCAGUGGCAGUGACCUUCGGGGAGAAGCUGCUGGGCUACUUUUCGUGGAUCAUGCCCGUCUCCGUGGCACUUUCCACUUUCGGAGGGAUCAAUGGCUACCUGUUCACCUCCUCCAGAUUGUGCUUCUCUGGAGCCCGAGAAGGGCACCUGCCUAGCCUACUGGCCAUGAUCCACGUCAGACACUGCACCCCUAUCCCUGCCCUCCUCGUCUGUUGCGGGGCCACAGCGGUCAUCAUGCUUGUGGGAGACACAUACACGCUGAUCAACUACGUGUCCUUCAUCAACUACCUCUGCUACGGCGUCACCGUCCUGGGCCUGCUCGUGCUGCGUUGGAGGCGGCCAGCCCUCCCCAGGCCCAUCAAGGUGAACCUGCUCGUCCCCAUCGCGUACUUGGUCUUCUGGGCGUUCCUGCUAGUCUUCAGCUUCAUCUCGGAGCCCAUGGUGUGCGGGGUCGGCGUCAUCAUCAUCCUCACGGGGGUGCCCAUUUUCUUCCUGGGAGUGUUCUGGAGAAGCAAACCAAAGUGUGUGCACAGACUCACAGAGUCAAUGACACGCUGGGGCCAGGAGCUGUGUUUCGUGGUCUACCCCCAGGGCUCCCCUGAGGAGGAGAACGGCCCCUGCCAGCCCUCCCCACUGCCCACCACGGACAAGCCCUUGAAGACACAAUGAGACAUUUGUGGAGCCCGAAGCAGCUGUUUCUGUUUACAUGUUGUUUAUUAAGGAGGUGUUUUUGCAAAAAAAAAAAAAAAAAAAAAAUUUCCUGGAAAAAAAGAGAGCUGACUCUUAGAGGCCUGUGGUAAGGACGCCCUGAAGAUGUGGACAGGGUCCCCUGUCCUCGCCGCCCUGCUAACUUUUCCUGAAAAGGUCUGUGAAUAAAACAGGGCUGGUGGUG